AUGGAGGCUUUGUUAAAAGCAAUAGAAGAAGCUGAUAAAGAAAUAGAAAUGAAUAAAGAAUUUCUACCGAAAAAGAACGUUGAAAUUAAAAAAGAGCAAGGAGUCACAACUUUUGGAACGAGCAAAAGAACGAUUUUUGAAAAUAAAAAGAAUGAUUAUGAUGUGAUGCUUGAUGCAGCGAGGCCAGGAAAAAGAGUGACUGGAGGAGUUAUAGGGAAAGCUUCCAAAGUAAUUGAAAGAAAUGAUCAGUCUCCUGUAGUCAUGCUAAACCCAAACUAUGAUUAUAUUUUGAAAAAAGCACCUUCUGUGACUAUAAAAGAUAAGAAAAGUCCUUUAAAAUUAAAUACAAAAACUGAAAGAAAACAAAAUGAAAAUCAGGCUACUAGCAAUAAAGAUAAUUCUGAUUUAUAUAGCUUUAAAUCACAUUAAAAAAAUUUGAUGAUGUUUUAUAAAAUGAUUAUUAUAUAUAUAGUAGUUAUUAUAAAAUUCAAUAUAGAGCAAUAUACUUCCAAGUUCGCCUGUGCCUAAAAAAGCAAAGGCAAUUAAUUAUAAUGAACAAUUGAAAAGUGCCACUAGGCUUGCCUAUAAUAAAAGCAACGAAGAAAAUUCUCUUCUCAGCACGAGCAUAUCAACUAUGGCUACUGAAUUCGACGAUUUCAUGAAAAUGAAGGCUGAAUGAGAAGAAAAAAUUGAGGACUGAAGAGACACUAACCCUGAUUUUGUUGAAGUUAACUUCAAAAAGCCUUCGCACUCCCAUUCAUUAUCAACUGAAGCAACCAGCGUAAACUCUCAAAAAUCAUUUGUAGGCCCUGGCGCAUACCAAGUGAAUUAUAGCUAUAUCGAACGAAAUCACCUUGGCUCCAGCUUUGGAAAAUCUCCUAAAAAGCCUAAAGAAGUUAUCAAUGAAACUGAGCUACCCAUUGACCCAAACUAUAAUGCUGUAAAAAAAUCGAUUCCAGGCUUCAAAAUUGCUCAAGAUACAGAAAGAAAUGAAAAGCUCAAACUCAAAGAUGAGCUAGAAGAUUUAAGAGAAGAGAAGGCAGCAAUUUUAUGAAAGCUUGCGAACCCUGAUAAGCCUCAUGAAGUUCAUGGAGGAAUAAUUGCACCAGAAAGCACAGCUCCACAUAGACCAGAAAACACAAAAGUAGGCCCAGGACGAUACUCAGUUUCAUAUGAUGCAAUUGAGCCAGAUAUAAAAGGAGCAGUUGAGUAUCAUCAAAUUGAAACAAUACCAAGGCCUCCAGCAAAAACUCCAGGACCCACAACUUAUACGAUCCAAGACCAAGUUGAACCUAUUGGUGGCUAUAUUCCAAUAGCAAAACGUGAAAAAUCUCCAGAGGAAGACAGAAGAAAAGCAUUGAAUGUGCAGUAUGAUUUAGUCGAAAAAAGAAUUCCUGAGCCAACAAUUAAUCCUGAGCAUAAGAAGCCUCCACUUCCUCCAGAUGCAGUUUUAAAGCUUGGCCCAGGGAAAUAUGACCCACAGUUCACUUUAAUCGAGCAAAGAGCUGACAAGGGAGUUCUAACAUUCCACCCAGAUAAUUCCCAAAAUAAGCCUCCUGAAAGUGAUUUGAGGAUUCCUUUAUACCCUGACGAUACAUUGCUGCAUCCUUCUCAUCCUACAUUUCAGUAUCAUGAGCCUACAGUUAUUGAGCCUCCUCAUCCUUCAAAUAAGCUUUUAUUCCCUGAGCGUUGGAAAUUCUAUGAUUUUUCUGAUGAUAAUAAAUUCGAUAAACCUCAAGAAGCUGAUUUUUCUAAUGGAAUUGCCUAUGAGGAUUUCAAAAUGAAAGAAAAAGAGAGAGAAAUCAUGAUGAGGAUUAAUCAAAAACUCAAAGGAAUUUUGCCGAAUCCAGCUCCAGGCACGUAUGACUAUGAGCCUAUUCAAGAAAGAGCCCCUGCUUAUGAUUUCGGAAAAGCUGAGCCCCGAGAGCCUGCACAAAUUGACAUUGAUGAGCCGAAAGAAGGCGAUAUUUUAUUAAUUGAUCCUAUAGUAAAACAUAAAGUUCCUAUGCUUGUGAAUAUGGAUAAAGCUCAAGGAAGAGAUGAGAAAAUUGAUGAGUAUGAAGAAAAAACUGAAUUGUUGAUCAACCCUAAUAAAGAUUAUAUUAAAAAGAAGAUUCCAAUGUUUGUGAAUAUGGCAAAAGAUCAAGGAAGGGUUAUAAAAGAAAAUGAAUUACUCCCUUUAAUUUAAAACAAAAAUUGGUAAAAUUUCUUUUUUUGGGUACAUUAACCAUCUUUAAUUUAAGCGAAGCUUGGCUUUGAUCGAUAAGUUUUAUUUAAAUAAAACUUUAUAUAAUUUUUUUUAAAAUUACUUUUAAAAUAAUAAUAAUUCCUUUAAAUUGGAGCAUAAUUUUCUAAUUGCAUAAUGGCACGUUGUGCCAGACUAAAAGAAAUUAUCCAGUUGGCGUCUCUUCAAGAAUACCAGCUGUGCUGCGUGAGUGUGUGCAGCUUAUUGCAGCAAUGGCUAUUUGUUUCUGUGGUAGAUGAAGCUGGAGGUGGAAGACAUGAAGAAGUUGUUGGAGACGCAAGAAGCUCAGGCCAGAAUUUUUAUUUAGACCAGAAUUGAUCUAAUUUUAUUUUUAGUCAGAAAGAUUUAAUUAUGAUCAGAUUUAGGCCAUUAUAUCAGAAGUUGAAUUUUAGAUCAGAAUUGUUUUUAAUCAGAAAUGGCCAGACUGAAAAGUCUUAUGGCCGUAAUUUCAUUAAGUAAGUAAGGUUAAAUUGGAGCAGAUAUUUUGUUCAAAUUUGAAGUGGGGAGUCAGAGGAGGAAAAAUUAGAUUUAAAUGUAAAAGAUGACAUAAUUCGAAGAAAAGUCCCUAUGCUGGUAAAUAUCGACAAACAAGUAGGAAGACAGCAAGAAGAAGCCUUUGAAGAAGAAAUGAUUGCUACUGUUCCCCCAGUAGAAAUAAACGAAGAUGCCAUAAGGCCAAGAAGAGCUAUGCUCGUAAAUAUGGAAAAGCAGACUGGCAGAGAAGAAAUAACCCAUAACGAAGAGGAAGUUUAUGUUCCUCCACCCAUCACUAUUCAAGAUCCUACAAAACCUAGAACAUUAGGCGUAUUAGGUUUUGAUAAAAUCACAGGGAGAGAAAGCUAUGAAGAGCCUCGACUUCUUCCAGAAAUUGCUACACACCCAGAAGCAGAAAUGAAUCUGGAAAGAGCAAGAAGUGCAAUUGAGCCUGAAAAGAAAGCGCCUAGCUUUGACAGAUACACUGGAAGAACUGUGGAAAUUACUGAGGACUGGGAUGAAAUUGUAAGAGUUAAUAGCAGGAGCAGGAGGGUAAAAUAA